AUGGUUUUGGAAAACCAACAAAACUAAACAAAUCUUAAAAGAAAACGUGAGCGUUUUAUCGAACCAUAGUUGGCACUAUCUACGCUGCGGUCGGCGUUCCGGUUUUCUGAUUUCCCCCGGCGGAGAAACCGUUGUUGGGCGGAAGCAAGAAUAAGAAAGCCUAUUUAGCGGUUUGCAGCUAGUCAGGUUGUUUCCCGCAAAACCCAAUAUCCAAAAUUAAGAAUCUAGGGUACAAAUGGGCUGGUUUUGUGGAGGUAUUGAAGCAUGCCUACUGGUGCGCUAGUUCAGAGAGAAAUCCAGCAAUGUUGAUACAAGAUAUGUUUUCUGAAGUGGAAUUGCAAAGGGAUGUGAAGGUGCAUGCUGGAAACUUGGAUAAAGGAGGACUGGUUUCGCGGAGGUCCAUUCUUGUAUGCCUACUUGAGGACCUGUUUAAGGAGAAGGCCAGUGAGGAUCAUGGUUACUUUCUUUCUGUAACUAGCUUGAAGAGUAUAGGUAAAGGUGAUGUUGUGGAUGACUCAGGGAAUAUGGUCUUCACUGUGGUGUUUACUUGUCGGACCUUCAAGCCCUUCAAGGGAGAAGUAUUGCAAGGAGUUGUACACCACAUAUGUCAUCGUGGUGUGUUCUUGAGAUGUGGACCUGUGAGAAUAGCUUAUCUGUCAGCUUGGAAAAUGCCGAAUUACCACUAUGUGCCUGGUGCAAAACCAGUCUUCGUAAGUGAUGACCUUUCAAAGAUAGAGAAGGAUGUUGUGGUUUGUUUCUUGGUGCUUGCAGUAAGAUGGAUAAGUGCAAGUAGGGACUUUGAGUUGCUUGCCAGCCUAAAUGCCGAUUCACUUGGACCAAUUUCCUUGCCAUGGUCUGAUGAAUUGGACCUGUGAAUGAAUGGUUGUAUAGCAAAAGUUAAUGUGUUUAUACAUUUGUUUUCAUGGUUUCAGAGUGAUGAAGAAAUGUUUCUGGGUAAUGCAAGCAGUCAGUAUAUAUAUGUACAUUUGUUAAAUUACCUUCCACCCUUCUUGUAAAGAUUAGGGGUCAUGCAGGUGGACGUAUCCGCACAAUGUAGGAAUUCUGUAGUCUUGACUCUGAACGAAUGAGCCAAUAUUGAGGUGAAUGUAUGUUUCAUUUGUCAUUGUGCUUGAAA